AUGUCUGUCGCCGCGCUGCACCGCGAUACCGCCUUUCAGGCGCGCUCUCUGUUCCGCUCUUUGCUGCGAACCUCAUCGCAGUUCUCCAACUACAACUUCCGCGAGUAUGCGCGCCGGAAAACACGAGAUAUGUUCCGUGAGCACCAGAAGGUGUCGGAAGAGCGCCGGAUACAGGAGUUGAUGCAGGAGGGUCUGCAGAGCUUGCGUCUUAUGAAGAGACAAACAAUUAUCAGCCAGUUCUACCAGCUAGACAAGUUGGUGGUGGAGGGCCAGGAGACUGGCAAGGAGACAGGUGGCCACGGCGAAAUCGUUCGCCAGAAGGACACUGGGUAUUUCCGGUCUUCGCGCUCCGGGCGACAGCUCGACAGCAAUCGCUCCCGAACCGGCCAAAUCGACCACGAUGUCUUCGAAGGACUGCCUGUUCGCCGCUGGUCGCGCCAGCCUCACACCGUCUCCCAAGCGCCCAAGACAGAGGAAACUGAAUUCGGUCAACAGGGUGCUGGGGGAGUCAACGGGCUUCCAGAGCUUCCCAUGCCACGCGACAGCCAACUCCUGCCCGCAGCCAGCCGCGCGCUCCUGCGAGCUGCGCGUGCAGGUUGCAUUUACAUCCGCUCCAGCGGCCGAGGAGCCGACGAGGAGGAGAAGCCCAACACGGAUGCCGAAGAUCAAGCUGCCAGCAACGCAAACCUGGCCGAUCGCAGUUUCACCAGUCGCAAAUGGAUGUCGCUCCCGAAGCACAUGGAGCCGCCAGAGGUUGAAUUCUUGGCAAAGCGUCGCCCCGGUCUGCCCUCGCUCUAUGGCGGACCAGUUGGUGUGGAUGGAAGUGUUGGGGUGACACCUGGCCCGAUGCGACGAACCAAGUUUCAGAAGGUUGAUGCGGAAACGGGGAAUAUCUCUAUCUACGAAGCCUGGGUGCCUGAGGGGCAUCGUAUUGAAGGCGAGGUUACGGGUGAUAUGCAGGUUAUUUCUGAGCAAAGCGAAGUGCCUGUGAAGCCUGAGGCUCCUGCCCCGGGUACUGUUGUGGAGGGUGUUGGGAUUGUCAACUCUGAAGGUGUGGUGGUUGCCGACGCUAGUUCUGCUGCAGUCUCCAAUCCGAACAAGCGACGACCGCCUCCUCCCAAGCGCAAGGGCAAAGGAACUGGGAAGGGCCGUAAGAAGAAAGUCAUGUUUGCUCCGGGUGAGGGUGCCGAUGCUGCUACAGUACAUGGUGUUGUGCCUGGUGCGGGUGAUGUCAAUGGUGGCGGAGAAGGACAGGAUGCUUCACAGAUGUCCAUUGAUCAGUCUGGUCAAGACGAGGAAGAUGACGAGGGCGAGGAUGGCGACGAGAGUGAUGAGGGGGAGGGCGAUGAGUCUAUGAUUGAUGCGAAGACCCCCGAAACUCCCCAGCCUCAACCAAUUGAUGGAUUAGCCGACAAGCAAUCAGCCGACCCUGCAAUUGAUCAGGAGAGGGAUGUCGAAAUGGCGGAUGCUAUUCCUGAGUCACAUCCUGUUUCUGAGCCUUCAAUUGCAGCUGAGAAGGAGGAACCUUCGCCUAUCCCUCCUGUCCAGACCGAAACACCCGCAAAUGACACUGACGCGUCGGCGUCGGCGUCGGCGUCGGCGACUCUUGCUCCGCCUGUCGAAAAGGCCGAACAGUCUACCACAGACCCGAGUGAGCCACCCAAAGAGCCCCUCGGAGAUGAAAACGCGAUCCAUACAGAGGAUACCGCUCCGAAAGAAGAUACUUCUGAACCUGCGCCUACUUCACUUGCCGGCGCGGAGGACAAGAAAGAAUCUCCUGUUACUGGAGAUGCCCUGCAUAUCACCGACGAAAUCAAAACAGAACCGCAAACAGCGCAAUCCGGAGAGAACUCACCCCUCCCGCCUGUCUCCCCUGAGGCUCCAGCUGAAAGGGAGCACUCGGAACAGCCGCAACUAGAGCAACCAAAGGAAUCGUCAGCACAGCCAGAAUCGGCCAACGACGCGCCCCAACCUCCGACUGAAAACCCCGGACAAACUCAGCCCUUGCCAACAACCGAAGAAAACAGCACUGAGACUAGUCAGGCUCCUGUCGAAAAGGAAGACGUUGAAAUGGGCGACGCCUCAAACCCAACAGAGCAACUAGCCCCGCAAGAACCCGCCUCUGAACCCCAAGAGAAAGCCGCAUCUCCUGCCCCCGCAUCGAUAGAUAACGCCGAGCCAACCACCCAGCCUCCAGCAGAAGCCCCUGUCGCCGAGGCCUCCCAGUCCAAAUCAGACACGGAGCCAAAGGCCGAGGAAACGCCAACCGCAGAGGGCGGGUCCGGGCAGGCAGCUGAGACCGCACAGUCGGACGCAGAUUCGGAGACUAAGAAAGAGGAAUCUGAUACCCUUGCCCCAGCUGCAGAUGCCUCGUAG